AUGUCGACCAUUUCAGAAGUCAUUACCAAGGACCAUCGUGAGCUCGAGCAGUACUACAACGAGGUCAUCAACUCGGACGAUGUCGAUCACCAGACCCGCUUCGGCAACCAGUUCACCUGGGAGCUUGCCCGCCACUCGGUAGCCGAAGAGCUGCUUGUCUACCCUGCUAUGGAGAAGUAUGUCGGCAAGGAGGGCCACGAGCACGCUGAGAAGGACCGCAAGCAACAUCACCAGGUCAAAGAGUUCCUCAAGGAAUUCCAAAACAUGAAAGCCACCGACUCCAACUACGUGCCCAAGCUCAAGGAGCUCUGGACCUUCCUAGGCGAGCACAUCAAGGAGGAGGAGAGGGAUGAUCUGCCUAUCCUCGAGAAGGCGCUGUCUUCGCCUGAGAACAAGGGCGCGUCAGAGAGCUUGGCCAAGAACUUUGGACGCACAAAGAUGCUGGUACCGUCGAGGAGUCAUCCCAGCGCCGGCGAGAACCCGCUCUUCGAGGGCCCAAUGGGCAUGCUGGCUGCGCCCAUCGAUCACAUUGCUGAUAUCUUCCGCAAGUUCCCCGAGGGCACCAUCAAUCCUAACCCCUCCACAAAGUAA